AUCGCAAUCUUAGGGUCAGCAAGCCGAUGCAUGACCCCCAACCUAGUGUAGAGCAGCACUUCCUCUCUUCUGCCUUCAGACUUGAUCCCCUGUAUCUUUCUUUCUUCCUUUCUUUUCCCUGUGAUCGAUCAUCCACACAAAAGGGAAUUAAUCCUCCUGUGUAAGCUUGAGCUGCAUUCAGUGUGGCUCCUGCUGAUUCGAUCUACUCCUGUAAAAAGGAAAAAGGUCCUGCUUUUGCAUGGUACAGGUUUUCAUUAACCUGCUUCGCUAGCGCUGAAUACAUGUCCGUGUGAAGAGCGUGUGCUUGCUGUCAUUCCUUCUCCAGCCAAAGCAGGCGCGUGAUCCAUCUCGCGCCAUGGGCAUCACCCGGGCGCACAUCGUGAAGGCCGACUCCCAGGAAGACAAGCUGGGCGACUACGUGGGCGCGAAGCCCAGACCACGCCCAUCCACCACCACCAAGCACUCCUCCCGCGUGGUGGCAGCCCUGACAUGCCUCCAGCUGGGCUUCGCCAUCUACGCCACGUUCCUCCUCUACUACAUGAGCCCGGCCGCCGUGGACGACCUCCGGCCCGGCAACCCCGCCGACUUCUCCUGGGCCACCCGCAUCGCGCAGCGCUGGAAGCACAUCAUGGUUGUCAGCUCCGACAACGACCCCGCCUCAUUAACCCCUCUCGAGGCCUGCGAGCACGAGAGCAUCGAGUUCGAGCAGAAGAAGUCCACGGACAAGCUCAUGAUCCGCCUCAAGCGUGAGCUCUACGACGACGUGCUCGCCUUCCAGCGCCGCGCCUUCUCCCCCGAGACUCUCCCGGAGCUCCUCCGCAUGCGCUCCCGCUGGAGCUCGGCAGCUGCUGCUUCCAAGCCAAGGGUGACCGUGAUCUUGAACCAUUUCAAGCGGCGAACACUGUGCGCGCAGCUCGACACGCUCCGGGCGCAGACGCUGCCGUUCCACCGCGUCUGGGUGCUGGCCUUCGGCAGCCCCAACGAGCCCGCGCUACGCCGCAUCGUGGGCUCCUACAACGACUCCAGAAUCAGCUUCGUCUCCUCCGGGUACGACUUCAAGUACUACGGCCGGUUCCAGAUGGCGCUGCAGGCGGAGUCCGACUUCACGUACAUCCUCGACGACGACAUGAUCCCGGGGACACGGAUGCUGGAGAUCCUCUGCCACGUGGCCGGCACCGACAAGUACCGCAACGCCGUGCUGGGGAGCAUCGGCAGGAUCCUGCCGUUCAGGCAGGGCAAGGACUUCACGUUCCCGAGUUACCGAAAGUUCCGGUCCAAGGAGGCCGGGCUGUACCUCCCGGACCCGGCCUACGACAUCGCCGUGGACCGGAUCGUCCAGGUGGACUUCCUCUCCAGCUCAUGGUUCCUCCCCACGGAGCUCGUCAAGACGCUCUUCGUCGAGACGCCGUUUACCUUCGCCACGGGGGAGGAUCUUCACCUGAGCUACCAGCUGCAGAAGUACAUGGGCGCCGGCUCCUUCGUGCUCCCCGUGGACGCCAACGACAAGGCCACGUGGGGCGACAGCGAGCACCGGCUGGCCUACGUGUCGGAGACCACGGUGAUCUUCAAGGACAUCGUCCAGGUCAGGGACGAGCAGUGGUGGCGCGCGCUGACGUCGGGCUACGUCACGCAGUGGGCCGCCAUGCACCCGCAGAAGGUGGACGCGCUCUUCUUCGCGCACUCGCUGGGCGAGGUCAGGGCCGUCGCGCCGCUGCUGGAGAAGUUCCGGGCCACGGCGGGCCGGAAGGCGUAUCUAGUGGUGUCCGGUGGGCCGCACUGCCCCUGCGAGGAGGCCGCGGCCGUGCUCAAGUGGCCCAAGGUGGUGUGCAAGGAGAGGCGGUUCAAGGUGUUCGACCUGGGCCUCGGGGCCUUAUCCGGCCCGUCCAGGUCCGAGGUUCCCGUGCUGCAGGCGGUCUACUCCAGCAUGCGCGGCCUCGUCCGGAUGCACAACCCCAGCGUGGUGAUCGCCGUCGCCGACAUCGAUGGCAGUGUCAAGGACGCGCUCCGCAUGGCAGCCGAUGCCACCGUCAACCGCACCGCGCUCGUCCUCCUCCCCAGGAACACCAUCCCCAAGGUGCUCUGGAUGGCCACCCUCCCACCCGCCUCCCUCACAAACUGGAACAAGAUGCGGGUGUCGGUGAACAUCAUCACGCAGACGAGGGCAGGGUCACUGAAGCGGCUGCUGAGCUCACUCGAGACCGCCUACUACGUGGGCGACGAGGUGCCCAUCAGCUUCAACAUGGACAGCCGCGUCGACGCCUCCACCCUAAACGUGGUGCACGCCUUCGACUGGCCACACGGCCCGAAAACGCUCCGCCGUCGGAUCAUCCAGGGCGGGCUGAUCCGGGCCGUGAGCGAGAGCUGGUACCCGGCAAACGACGACGACUACGGGCUCCUCCUGGAAGACGACAUCGAGGUGUCCCCAUACUACUACCUCUGGAUCAAAUACGCGCUCCUCGCCUACCACUACGACCCCUCAAUCUCCCUCCCGGAGCUCUCCUCCAUCUCCCUCUACACGCCCCGGCUCGUGGAGGUCACCAAGGAGCGGCCACGGUGGAACGCGACCCAGUUCUUCCACAGGACGCCCAACACUCCCUACCUUCACCAGCUCCCCUGCAGCUGGGGCGCCGUCUUCUUCCCCAAGCACUGGCGCGAGUUCUACGCCUACAUGGCGGCGCGCUUCACGGAGGACGCCAAGACGAACCCGGUCCAGAUCCCGAGGUCGCGCACCAACGGAUGGCAGGCGUCCUGGAAGAAGUUCCUCAUCGACAUGAUGUACCUCAGAGGGUACGUCAGCCUCUACCCGAAUUUCCCCAACCAGACCAGCUUCUCCACGAAUCACAUGGAGCCAGGGGCGCAUAUCAGUGCCAAGGAUAAUAAGCUCAAGCAUGACAAGGGAGAUUUCGAGGUGCCGCUUAUCGCCGACGACUUUGCGGCGCUGCUGCCCGGAGGCAAGAUGCCCCCGGCGUCCAAGCUGCCCGUGCUUAACCUUUUCAACCAGGCCGUGUCUAUCAAGGGGCUCAAGAGCGCCGGUGGAAAGCUCCGGCAGGAUGUCAUCAGCUGCGUCGCUACGCAGCUCGUCUCCGUCGACCACGUCACCGGAUUGCCCAAUAACUGCACCGCUUUCUGAGUUUUUAGUGCUCUCGCAUUGAUCGAUAUUGCAUUUUGCAGAAGCUACGGGCUGCGUCACACAAUUUGAUCCCCAUAUGUCGUUCGUUUUCUUUUUCAUUCCAUCAGGACAUGAUACAUAAAUUCUUUACAUCGUGCGCUCUGCAAUGUACCUGUAUUUAGCUUUGAUUUUUCCAUGUUAAUUCUGGAUUUAUAAAGAUGUAGCCAAAAGUGGCUUGCGUUCAAUGUCUCCUUCUAUACAUUUUUGUUUUCGUAA